AGGUAUGCAGGCGUGGCUGCGCAUGGUAGAGGAGUGCGAGCCCACCACUGACCCUGAGGUCAUGGCUCACAACAUGGAGUCCCAGCAUCGCUACAUCUGCUGGCGAUCCGUCAAGGACCCCGGGCGGCCUCUUUUGACCCGGCUAUUCGGCUCUGAGAAAUGCGAGGAGUUCAUCGAGGGAUUCCUGUUUGCAGGGUCGCAUGAGCUCGGAACCAAGGCAUUCCUUGACUACUUCCCCGAUUACCGCAUGGAGGAUGGAAGCAUUGCCAAGAAGCGUUCCAUGAAAGGGAAGGCAUACAGUAGUAGACCCUGGGAUGCAAGUGGCAAGCUUAUUUUGUGACGGAAAUGUAUCAUCAAGCUUGAGAUUCAAGUGGGGAAACAAGGUCCGCGCAUAGAAGGUUCUGGGCAUGGCAUUGAGGUCCUCAAAUGAGAAGUACGUAGGUGCUUUCUCUAACGAGCAAAAUGUUGAGGGAAUACUUUUGCCCUAUGCAGGCAUUCAAUGUGGUGCAAUUUGGUAAUGUGUGCUUGUAAGGAAAUUCCCUUUUCCUUACUGGGCUCGACUACAGCGCGUACGCCCUCGACUCUCAGAAGUCCAGGCUCUGCCAACUAUUUCGGUCCCGAACCAUUUCAUGAACUCAAACCUAGACGCGUGGCGCUUCCGUGGCUUUCGCCAACCGGACUGCCCCAACCUGUUCGCGUGGUUCUCGGCUAGCUCUGUUCGUGCCUAUAAAUACCUAGGCCCUCAUUUGUAUGGACACUUUUGAAUCAUGACUCCUUUAUUAGA